UUAGUACGACCUGUUAAUGCUAACACAGAUAUCGCCCGGUCCCUUUGGCAGUUAGUACGACCUGUUAAUGCUAACACAGAUAUCACCCGGUCAUUUCGGCAGUUAGUACGACCUGUUAAUGCUAGCACAGAUAUUGCCCGGUCGCUUUGGCAGUUAGUAUGA